CCCAGAAAAACUUUCAGAAAUAUGACUCUAAACAGUUGCUAUGGUAACAAGGUAAGAGAGAUUAAAGGUCAAAAAAACGUAUGAAAAUCGUAUGACAUUUCUUGUGUGUCAUCAUCAACAUAAACUAGAAAAUAGUUCUGUCUCGUGAAACUUGCGGUUCCAUUCUCUGAUCAAAACUAUCUCAACAGGAGAAUAUUUAAAAACAAUCAAAUAUUAAAGAAACCAGAUAUAUUUUUGGUAUUGCAGUUUUGCAUUAGUUUUGACCCUGUCUGUUUUUGAAAUUCAGACAUCCAUUUAGUGCAGAUAAGUCUUGCAUUCCCAGAAAGUUAAGCUAUCUUUGAAAAAACAAAAACUGAACAACCAACCUUGAGGUUAUCCUAUUUUCCAUUCAAGUCAUGAUUUCCUUGAUUUAGAUACGAUCUUCUCAUUUUGUGCUUGGCGCUGUUCUGUAGAAAAAAAUUUUAAAUAUUUUGUUGAUAAACGGAUAAUUUGUUCGUCUAUUAUGAGGUCAAAGUCCUGGCAGAUAAAUUCACCUACGGCCUACAGACUGUGUAUUAACAGUUUCGACAGGAAACUUAUUUCACUGACGUUGUAAAUAUUCUCGCACACAAAAACAGGGAUCACAAAGCUCACUUUAAAUAUUGGAACUUCACCUCAACUUUACAUAGGAACCUGGUAAGCGAAACCGUUGCUAGAGUAACUUAGUAAGACAGUGACCUGGUGUCUUUAAUAACAGUGGUUCGCUAUCACUAGAUUCAGAGCACUAGCACUGUUUCAUCAAAGCAAAAAGGCCGUAAUUCAUGACUGCAAGUCAAUUUAAAAAACAGUGAUGAGAAAAUUCGGAGGAAAAAAAGGAUUAUCAUGUAUGCAACUUCCUUUAUUUUUGUCUUUGGUUAUUUAUAAAUGAAUGCAUUUCUUGUGCACAUGACAACGUGUACAGGAAAUGCAAGCUAUUUCUCCUGCAGAGUCCAUCUCGAUAUAUUCGAUAAAUUUUCGAGUUAAAAAGAACAUUCUAACAUCCGCAACCGUAACUUACAAGAUAGGAUUAAAUAAUAAACGAACGAUAAAGAGAAAAUUUGUUGCUGUUUCCGUGAAAAUCUCGCGGUUUGAUAAGAACUGUUAUGUCAAGGUGGUGGCCAUAUUGAGGAUUGUAAUUUCAUGAUCACGCUACUGCGUGUCACAUGCUAUUCCUUUAGACCAUUUAGUUUAAUUUUCCAGUGCAACAUAGAGAAAUGCAAACGCUAAUUUGUGUUACAAAUGUGUUUAUACGUAAAUUAUUCACGUACCUUGAAGGAGAAAUUAGCGACAAGACGACCGAUCAAUCAAUCCUCAACGUUAAAUUUGAACCACUUACUUCGGAAACCCUCAAGCUAGCCGAAUAAACGCACUGUGGCCCUUCACAGAACCGACAAUAUACAAGAUAAUAGGUUUAAAAUGACGUGUUUCCUGGUCUCAAAGAAGCUGCAGGGGAUGUUCAAAUUUCUUGUAGUUCAGAACCUUCUUCCACGUGCAAGCCUGAUUGUAAAUAUGAAUAUAUUAAAAUUUCAAAAAAUAUAUUUGUAAUUCAAAUGAGUUUACAACUGUGAAAGACCGUCCGAAAGUCGUCGGCAAGCUUUUGGGUCACUUCUACUCAAAACGGUACAGGAGAAAUAGAUAACUAACUGUCGGCUUAUUUAAAUGUUGAUGAAUCGUAGCUGAGAGAUGCAAAUAACUCUAUUUGAUAGAAAUUCAAACUCGAUCCUAGAUAAAUUUGGAGCUAAACCGAUUCUUUCAGUUCCAGUUUUUCGAUGUUCAAUUCUCUCGCUUUAUACAAAUUAUCAGCCAUAUUUUAACACUUUCCCACCAGAUAAAGGCACUGAGGCACUUUUAUUGAUAAUAACUACAAACUCGUUGAGUCUCUCUCGCAGCAUAAACAAAUCACUACCAGCUAAGCUUUGAGACUAUAAUCUCUUGGCUUAACACAACCCCUAAAACGUUGUUAUGGUUCCCCCACUUCCCCCAGAUCCCCGGCUAGGGAGACGAGGGGUCGGUUAUUUUGGAGGAACACUAAGUCACUGACAGCCCAAAUACGUGUAAUUAUUUCACUCUAUGAUACUGUUUAUUCAUGAGGUAAAAUGGAAACUAUUACAGGCUUUCAGACGUUUGAUUGAACAUGUAUUUUGUAUUGGAAAGACUCACAGUUUUUCACUUUUCCUGAGCCUUCUCUCACGGAAAACUGUUCAGUGCACUGAAGCAUAAAUUUUUCCUGAUAUAAGAUCCCCAGACGGGCUUCCAGACUAAAAUGGUGACAUUUUUUAUUGCGCGAGCUUGGGGAGAGCGAGAAAGUAUAUUUGAACCCGUGACUUUCAGCAUACUUCUGUAUACAAAACGGAAAUAAGGUGAGUUUGGGUUUGUCGAGCUUUCGCAAGGUUAAGAAAAAGUAAUGCUAGUUUGUUUCUCAUCAACAGAUGAUUCCUUUGUCUUCGUGGAGUUCACUCGGUUGAAUCCUAUGAGCAUAAUUUCUUAGUUCAACUGGGCGUUAAAGAAUCAACGGUGAGAACUUAAAAUAGAUAGACAAAUGAUACCGAGAAUUUCUUGCGUCGCAUUCAUGAUCAUCUUCGCCACAUUUAACAGGCUUCUCUUUGCGAGAAGUAUAUUUUUUCCAUAUGACAUUUACAAGAGUUUAAAUGCGUUUGUGCGGCGAUUUUGUGGGAUCAGGAGAGCGACAUUAAUUGAGUUCACUGAUGUAUGAAAGAUUGCUCCCACAACCGAUCAGUAUUAGUCAACUAAAAAUCUCACAAAAGGUGAUUUAGGAAAAAGAUUUCUUUACUUUAAGAAUACAAGACAAAGACAUUAAAAGCAUGUCACGUCUGGCAAGUUUAAAAUGUACUGAUUAUGACUUACAAAGGAGAACUUUGGUGAUUACUUCCGUGUUUCUUGCUUUGAGAAAACGCCUUCAGGCUAGCUUACUAUGACAAGUUAAAUCUUGGUUUGACGCGGGUGCCUCUCUAUUGAUUCCGAUGUUUGAGUAUCUCUUUCAUCGAUGUGGUUCGGAGAGAUGUAAGCGGUAUUGGUCACACAAUCUGUGUGUCUUCGAGAAAUACUGAUCAGCUCUAUGAAAUGCCAGCGAAACUGAAACUAGAAAGUAUCGACAAGGACGGCACUCUUCUGGAUCACGCCACACUGUGAGCAGCUGAAGAUAUUAUGGGUAAUGGACUAAAUUUAAGUUUUAAGCAUUUCUUCUGAAAAUAAAGUUCGUCUCAAAGUAUGUGCGAUUUUUUCUUCCUGGCGUCGACGAGUCAAGAACAUGUUUAAAGCGAUAUAAUUUUCAAGCGUGAUUUUCGGAAAUGACAACUUGUUAUUAAUUAUUCAAAAACUUUUAGUAAUAUGAUACGAACUUGACAGACUUGACAGUAGAAACACAAGAAUGUGUAAUCGAGAUGCCCUUUGAAUGAUCCCGUUCUUGUCGCGGAACCACAAGAUUUCUGUUGCUUUUUCUCAGCCCACAGUUUAAUAUCUGCACUGGUGUUGUCUUCGUCAUUACUUCAUUUUACAGUUCAGUAUUCUCUGUAGGAAAAUGCAUCACAAUUUUAUUGGGCAACCGUCAGGGAGGUGAAUCAAUUGACCUAGACAAGUUGAAAGCUUUGUCGCAUCAUCAGAGCAUCAUGGAUUUCGUUUCAUAUCACGCGGGAUGUGUAAUUGUCUCUGGUUCGAUUUAAACUGAGGUCACCUCCAUAGCUGGUUUGUUAUGUUUUUCACGAACAGCGUACAGCUAAUUAACUUACCAAAAUGUACAUUACAAUUUAAGAUUUCCCUGUAUGUUGAUCGAUGUUGUUUCACGUUGCCAUGGCAUAUAUAGGAAGGCGUAGUUGUACAGAGACCAUUUAAAAUACAUAAUAUUCUAGAUUUGAUAACCAAUACUUACAUAUCUUUCAAUUUACGCCAUCUUUAAAGUAUUUAAAGUCAUCAUGUAUAUUUUUUGAUAAACCGUUUCCUGACUUUAAGGGUUAUUAAUCAUUAGCUAGCUUCAAACCUACACCCGCUAGACUGCGGCAUCAGUUUUAUUUCAUACAAUUUGGUGUCUUUCUGAAAUUUAUAUAUUUAAAAUUAUAUAUAUAUGUUAUUUGCCGGCUGGGAGGUCCGUAUGGUGAAAAACUGUUACCGAGGUCACAUUUUUUCACCAUACGGACCGACCCUUAGCCGGUAAAUGACAUAUUUAUUGUUUUUAAACUUGACGAAAUUCUUUCCGAAAGAACCCGAAUGAUUUAUGGCUGUAAAUACGGCAAGAUCUUCCAUAAACUGAACAAUUUUUGAGUGAGUAAAUGGUAGUUAAAAUAGAGGUGAUGCAAAUUAAAAAGAGAUGCCUCACCGAAACAUUUUCAUUUCCGUAACGAUAAAGGUGAUUCAAAAGGCUUCCAAACAAACUUUGAAACAUUAUUUUUACAAGUAUCUGUCACAAUCUGACACCUGUCAAUUAGAGAGCGCGCAAGAAAAAAAAAUCGUAGGAACAUUUGAAAACCAACAGAACUAGUUUGGCAAGGACCGUCACGACAAUGUUUUCUUCAAAAUCAUUUAUUUUAAGAUUUAAUACCUUGUUUCCAUUUUGCAGUUGUAGUUUUAUCUUAAUUAUUUGUCUCUCAUUGUAGGUUGAAGCUCAUCCAUAUGAUAACAAUGGCCCCAAGCCACUGCCAUGAGAGAUUCAUCACUAAGAAACUGAUUCCUCUCAUAGCAGGAUUUUAUCUGGUAAGCAUAGCCAAUAUGUUACUGAUAUGCCAUUUAGAGACAACUGCAUUCCUUGCUUACACCCAGGCUUUGCAUGAGUAUGCAUUAGAUUUGUCUCUGUAACUGGAUAGACAUUUUAUUGACCUUAGAGAAACAGCUUAUGAAAAUGCAAAAUAUUGGAAGGCAGACAGUAUACAAGAGAGUGGUCUUGUUCAUUGAUAUCAGGAAAAUUAUAGUCAUAGUCUAGUUACUCACUGACCAUGGCAAUAGUCCAUUUUACAGUUGUGUGCUUGGUUGCCAAGCCUUUAAACAGGAGUGAGGCUAAGGGUGACCUUGUUAUGAUACAAACCUUGCUGCUUUUGAAAUGCAAAUUAAUUUGUUAUCAUGCUAACUAGAUUCUGGUCUCUAACACAACAAGGUCACCUUCAGCCUCACUCCAAAUCAGAGGCUUGGCAACAAAGUACACAACUGUAAAAUGGCCUAUUAUAGCUAGUGCAAAUUCAGACUGCUAAGAUAGGUGUCUUGAAGCCACUGGGACACCUCUGGCUAUGAAUUGGGACUACAACAGCAAGUUGAAACAACAAUUAAUCAAUAGAAUAGGAAAGAUGGUAAGUUUUAACUUUGGUAAAGAAAUAGAGAAAGAUCUAUUUUUUUCAUCUUGUUAUGAGUUUGAGAUGCAGAAAAAAUUCUGAGUCCCCAUGAGGAAUCAAACCUCAGACCUUCAGAUUCUGCACUCUGAUGCUGUAACAUUGAGCCACAGAGACUUGAUGGUGAGCAAGGCAGAUUACGAAGUUCAUAUAUGACACAUGUCCAGCAGACUGCUUAGAUAAUGAGGACUCAAAAUUUUUUCUUUGUCCCACGCUUGUGACAGGACAAAAACAUCUCUCUCUAACAAUUACUCAUUUGGGACAUCAAGAAUAGUAUGUAGACUUUGUAUUAAAAUCUUACAAUACAUAUAAUAACAAAUUCAAACUACUCUGAAUUUUUGCAAUCUUAGCAAUAGGUUUGGAAACAGUACAGAGAAUAUUGUGACAGAGAUCAGUGUCACUGACAGUAACCUGUAACUAUUACAUCCAUGAUGGGGGAAAGUUAUCGUUACCUUUCAUGGUCAUAGAAUGAAAGUGGUUUGUUAAAUAGCUACUUGUUAAUUAUGUUGCUAACAAUAAUAUUUAUCUCGGUAAUUAGGUGGCAGGUGUCACUAUGAUUGGGGUUGGUGCUCAUGUGAUGAGGAACCAAAUAACUCCUGCACAAAUUUUGACAAGCCUAAGCAUUCAAACAGCACCCAUAGUACUCCUCUGUGCUGGGAUUUGCAGCUUGCUAGUGGCAGUUCUUGGAUUUGUUUUUAUUUGUGAAAAAUCACCUAUUGAGAAUGGAGAAAGGAAACUACUUAAAAUUACAGUGAGUACAUACAGCAUUGAAUUUCCUGUGUAAUAUGUAAUAACAAUGAUACUGGGCAACCAUUUGGUAAUUUCUCUCUGCUGGAAUUCUAUUAAUUAGGUCAUACGCUCACCAGUCAUCACUUUGCCUAAAUGGAAUUAUUGCAAUCAAUCUGUCAAGAUAAACAAAUGCUAGCAAUAAUGUCCAGCAGUAACAACUCACUUUUCCAGCCUGACUGGCAAAAAAAUUAGAAAUUGACCCCGUAGCACUGAAGGAUAGAUGCUCAAGUAACUUCAUGUUGGCUUCAGAAUAGUCCAUUUUACAGUUGUGUUCCUUGUUAUGAUUGGCUUGCUGCUUUUGAAAUGCAAAUUAAGUUGUUAUCAUGCUAACUAGAUUCUGGUCUCUAACAAAAAGGUCACCUUCAGCCUCACUAAAUCAAAGGAGGCAACUGAGAGCUGUAAAUUUUCACUGUCAUUCACUUUACUAAAGGAGCAGCUGAGAGCUAAUUUACUGUCAUGUUACAGACUGAGUGGUGUUUUUACUUAAAGUCACUUUUACCUGACCUUCUAUUUUUGUAAUGUGUGUUAUUAUAAUUUCCAGGUCUUCCUUGGUGUGGCAGCCCUUCUUCUGGCAUUUAUUGGUGGUGGAAUUGGUUUAGGUAACAUCAAGAAGGUAAUACUCAAUAUUUAACUGUUUCUUACAUUGAAGACAAAGCUAAUGAGACUGGUCAUACAUCUCUGUAAGCAAGAUACACAUUUCCUCCCCCUUUAAUACCCAUUCAUUAUCCAGCAAACAGGUUAUAAGAAAAAAACUCAAACUUAUCAGGAAGAAGUUGUUAUCUUGAUGUAACACCAAAUUCUUGGAACUAGUUUACAAGGAAAUAUGUUGCAGUUGAAGGGAGAAUUAACAACUAGAUAUUGGGGUUUAAAGCAUUUAAUCAUUGUUGAUGGGUAUCCACUGCCACACUGAUCCAUUAGUGACAGAUUGAAAUAAAAGUUGACCCAUUAACUCCCAGGAGUGAUUAACAUGUUACUUCUCCCUGAAAUAUUUAUACAUUAUCUAGCAAACAGGUAAUGAGAAUAUUCAAACUUAUCAGGUGGAAGAUGUUAUCUUAAUAUAACACCAAAUUCUCAUAACUAAUCGACAAGGAAAUGUAUAGCAUCUAGAAAGGAGAUUCAAAUUGCUUGUUAUUGAUCUCACUUAAGUCUUAUCAAUUUAUUUGGGUUCUGUUGGUUGGGGGGGCAGCAAUGAUGUGAUACUUCCAGGUAAGGGCUAUAAUUACCAAAAAUUUCAAACACUUUUUGGCAUUUUUCCAAGACCAGGUAAUAUAUGAAGUCAGAGGGAAUUAAAAUGCUUGCUCUGCUGAUUUGCUUGGUAAAUCUUCAGACAGAAGUAGUAUUUGGGAUGAUUUCUUUCAUCAGUGAAGUCUAUCGGUGAAAAAGUAUAUUGCUUCUCUGAAUCAUUUUGUUUCUUAGAUGAGCGAAAUGACAGUACAUUUUAAUUAGACAUUUUCUAACUGCAAUUGAUAUCCCAUGGACCACAAUGAAGAUUUAUUAUCCUCCCCAAAAUUAGAAAAACAGUAGUUUAUGUAGUUGUGGCACUUGAUUGCAAUCAAUUAUAAAAUACAGGUACACUCAACUCUCCCCUAAUUAUAUCUAAGGAAUAAGAGGUGGAGGGGUGUGUGAAUAUGGCUCUUCCCUUUCAACCCUUUGGGGCUUUCAAGCCUUUUUUCAAUUUCACAUGACCCUUUCACAAUCUCCAGGAACUGACCCUUUUCCCUUGAGGUGUUAAGUUUACCAAUUUAGGUACUUGCAAUACUGCAGUGUUUUCAAGUCAUCGGUGUCCUUUGUAUGCCAUGUUGAUUAUUCCAAUAUAGGAUAUUUGAGUUGUAUAAUGCAGGAAUAUACAUUGUACUGUCUUUAAACUUUAGGUCACAAAUACAUUUGAACCAGACCUAAAGACGAAACUUGAACUGUAUGGAAGGUCAGGGGGCUCCAUGGAGGAUGUUAAUAAAUUACAGAAAGAGGUCAGAGAAGCUUAAUUUAGUACUAUUUUUAUGUUUGUUUUGUUUUGUUUUGUUUUUUUUAGACAAUUUUUUCUUUUAUUGAGAAACCUGUUUUUGGUGUUUCAUUUAGUUACUUGUAACUUAUUUGAGAAGGUUUGCAAAUAGCUACUCUCUGAGGAAUAUUAUGACAGUCAGAUAGCUACAAAUGUUCAGUUACCUGCUCCACAAGUAAUCUAGGUUCAUUCUAACUUGCCAUUUAGCUGAGCUGUCACAUGAUAGCUUAAUGUAUUGCAUUGAAUAUGUUACUGUCAGCAAAUUAAGUUUCUUUCAAAUUUGGACAACAGUCAAAUACCUUUUGUUGGGAGGGGAGGGGAAUCUUGGGUCAUGCCAUAAAUUAUUAUGAUUAGAGCAUUUGUUUGUUUAUUUGUCUUUUUAACUUUCUGUUAUUUCAGAUUUCUUUUGCUACCCUGGAAGAGAAAUAUCUCUACCAGUAUAAGUAAUCCUCAAAGAUUCCUCACACAGAAGUCAUUAAAGAUUAUUUUCUAAUGUUUAAGAAUUCAAGCAGUUGUUUCUAUGUUUACAAUGGAAAAUUAAUUGCUGAAAUUGUCUAUACCGUACACAAGUUUAAAAUUUGUUAAAAGUUCCUUCAUUACAUAUAGAUAUAGCUGUUGCAAUAAGUCUAUAUUAACAUCCACUGUUUCAGCCAACAUGUAGCCGUACUGUUCCCCACCCCCCCCAAGGUGAAACAGAAGCGAGGUAACACGUUCCCUCGGCUUUGCUUCACCUUGGGGGGGGGACGAUAUGGCGACACAUAGGCUAUCACAGUGACUGUUUUUCAUUCAUUAAUUAUUGUUUUAUCAUUACUUAUGAUCAAUAGUAUAAAUGUUGUGGGGUGAACACCUUUGCUGACUGGCGUAUUACUGUUUGGGGAGGACGUAGAUACGACAAAGUCCCAGAUGCCUGCUGUAAAGAUGAGACGUUUGGAUGUGGUUACUGCUUUGUAGAUGCGGAUAAAACACUUAACAGAAAGGUGGAUUGUUUGUUAAUAUAAAGAGGAACCAACCACUCCAAAUUUUACCACAGUUUAAAUAUCUCUUACUCUUUUUAUUUUAAUUUACAGAGAGACAUAAUCCUUAACUACAGUUGAACUUCCACUGUAUAAAUAACCUUUUUUUUAAUAAAUACUGAAACAUUAGAUAGUGUUGAAGGCGCGCUCUGAUUGGCUACUCCGAAUAUACUUUACUAUUCACUUCCGAGCAACUCGCGUGGGAUUUGCGGACGAAAAAUAAUUUGGUCGUUGCAGGAAUAAAUGGGUUAAAUUAAUCCUUUUGAGUAAUGUUAUCUCAUUUUUUUUGUAUGUACUAAAACGACUAUUCACCUCCACACCUUUCAUACAUCAUCUUAUUCAGCGAUCAAUGUUUAGUUUUACACCCACUUUUGGCUCACUGUAAGGUUGCUGAAAGUAAUCUGUGAAAUUCGUGAAUGAUGUUAAACAAGGAAACUUUAAAAAAUUUGAUCCUUGAUUAAGAGUAUUAAGCAUUGGUAUGAGCAAUGACCAGUUUAAAUAAAUAUUUUGUGAUCAUCAAAGGCUUUUAAAUCUUUCAAAUUCUAGUAUCCAAGUAGUCAUUUGUCUCCCAACCUUGUCAUUCUGAUGUGGACCUCGCCUUUUCGACCGCAUCCUAAUAGUUUUAUUAUACGCUAGUCGCAGUUUAUUUAGUUUUCUGUAAAUGAAUUUUGGAAUAAUCCUUGAUACAACUGCACUCAUGAUUACUGGAUAAAUGUUUCCCUUUGCAGGGUUGUGCUUCGAUUGUCGUGGAAGAAGUGAAAAAAUCUUUGCUGACUGUAGGUGUCAUUGGAAUCAUUAUUGGUAUAGUCGAGGUAAAGCAGUAACUUACUAGGAAGUAGUGGGUAACAGGAAUUUCACCUUAACUUAACAAAGAUCAAUUUUUAUUGGAGUGACAAAAGAAAACUGGGAUUACUUUGGUUUUGGCCUACUGCGUCAUAUAAUUGGUCUAGAAAGCUCGCGCCACUUUUUCGACCAAUCUGAUUUGAAGCUAAAAUCAAUUGCUACUUGGUUGCUCGCGUUUUCCCACGCCUUAGGCGGUGCCUGUGUUUUUGCUUUGAGUUCUCAUUGGUUCCUUGUGAUAUAUUUUCCUUUGUUCUCAUUGGCCGUUGUGAUGGCUUCCGUUUUGGUUUCACGACACUCGAGCGAAACGUGCUUAACAAAUAUCCCGUGAUGGCAAACAAACCAAGACCUGGCCCAUAACGACAAAAAGGCUGCGGAACUCUAGAUAUCGUGUUAAAUCACCUGUAAGGUCAGAUGCUUUGAAAUGUUUUCGAGACAAGUCCUACCUUGACAAAAAACUACGCAAUUGCUACAUUUCUCGGAUAAUCGGAUAAUUCAGUAUAAUGACAAUUGUUUCGAUUAUUUUUCAUGUUAGUAGCUAGCUAUGGCUGAACAGAUUGAAAUUCAUGGAAUAAUCGGCCAAGUUUAGAUUGGCAGAACUCGAAGCUGAUUUGAAAUUGCGUCAAUUACACUCGAAUAGUAGGAUUGAAACUUUUUUGUCAUUAAGUGCGAGUCUGUCAUUAAUUAAGUAGUCAAUGUUAAGUUAACAUUCUAACGGCUGUACCGCAGAAGCUAAGUAAUGAAGAAGGCAUUUUGAAGAACCAGUCAGAUCUAGACAUCUUGAAAUUGACACGACUAGUCCUUAAUUUUGAGCGCUUAAGAGCUUAAGAGCUGCGAUUUGCAGGUUAGACGAAUGCUUAUUAGACAGCCACCAUAUGGAGAAAUGGAUAGUGCCAGUUUAAUAGGAAGUGAUAACUAAACGGGGCUUAGACACGAAGAAGAAGGAAAAAAAAAAGGAGACAGACAAGCAUAAAAAGUGACAGACACAAAGACAUUUUUUAUCAUGAAGCUUAGCACUUCUGAUUUGCAUGUUUGCUUUGUAUAUCACAGCAGUACAAUAACACUAGGCAUGGCCUUUUUAACCUUUCGGUUGAGUGAGGCUCAUUUAAAAAAAAUCAGUUUUUAAAACAGACCAUGUCGGUUUACAGGUGAUCUUGUGGGUGGUCUUUCUCUGUUGUUGUUGCUGCAAUGCAAAUGGAGAUGAAUAUUUACCACAGCCUUCAACACCUUUGAGGUCUCAGCCCGAAACGCUAAGAGACACGCCCAGCUCCAAGGAAAGGGCAGGCUCUGGACAAAGUAAGGUUGUACCUGCUCCAGAGGAAGAUUGCACGCCUUCUCGGCAGGAAGUAUGUACCUCUAGUCCUGGUGCUUCGCACUAUGAACACAAAAGUGAUAAGCCUAGCUCAGAGGGUGGUGCUGCAUCGAGUAGAGAGGAAAGUGAAAAGCCGUCAAAAGAGAAAACCACGUCUUGUUAGAGAUCAUCUGAGGUUUAGGGAGGAGUCGAGAAAUUGUCACUGUAAAUGUUUUAAAGGGAGCAGAAUUAGGUACAGGCAAGUUUUUUCUUUCACCUCUAAAACCGAAAGUUACCCUUUGCCUUAACUACUCGUUUUAUGACAUCCUCCUUUCUGUUUUGUGCUACAAGUCAAGUUUCCUUUGAAUAAACGCUGAAGCGUUCGAUGUAACAGUUUUAUAUUUUUACUCCACUUACGUUUUCCUUAAAGUAGUUUGCCGCGGCGUGCAAUUAAUUUACAUCUCUGUCGUUAAAAAAGCUACAUGAUAAAAUUUACUUUUUACCGUGUUUCUUAAAUCCCAAAAGUAGCCCAAUUGUGGUCAAUAUACGACGUUGGUAUGGACACCGCCAUUUUGCAAACAUUGAGUAACCUGGCCGCAAAAGAAUGUCGUUCCAGAAUUCAACUAAGAUGACAGAAACAUCAUGCGCGGUUUCGCGUUGUUCGCAAACCGAAACUGCUCUAGUUUUCGCCAAGAAACAUUGCCGGAAGUAUGGCUUUCUGUUUGACUCCUAGAAUUGUUCAAACAGACCGCCAAGAGACUUUAAAAAAAGAGAUUGAGAUUCAGUUUAGUCAAAGGUAAGCGGCUGAUAUAUAGAUCCAAGCGCCUAAAUGGUGGCGUCCAUAGUAGUACUUUAUGCUCAUUUGAAAACAACUUUCAAAAGGUUGAAUUACUCUGAGGUCUUAAAACACGGUCAUUACCGUAGUUUCACGCAGAAUUUUGGAUGGUUGAGAAGGAAAUCGUUUUUUAUACAAAGCAAACUUCUCUUUUGGUCGGACUAUGGGUUAUUUUCUCAAUUGUUGCCGCUAUUUGGUUUACACUACACGCCUGCUACAAGGAUACGUUUGAGAACUUCAAAGUUUGAUUUAUAGCGCCAUUAGUGUUUACUCUACUGAACACAGAUUUGUUCUGUGUUUCUAAAUCAUCAAGUUAUUACGCAAUUAUUAAACGAAUGACAAGCGUUUGGUUAUAAGACAAAUUUUUUAUUGUUCAUUCAUGGAUAAUAUAAUUACUGUGUAAAUUUUUAUAUUAAUUUAAUUUGAUAGAUACGUGUCAUGUAUAGAG